AUGACAAAUGCAGGUGUCUCGGAAGAUACUACCCUAAGGGUGAUGAGCUAUAAUAUUCAGGGUCUACCUAAUCGGUUCUUUCCUGUUGCAAGACUUAACCAACGACUGGAAGCUAUUGUUAGGUUUAUAGGGGAUGUAGUAAAAAGGUAUGAUGUUGAAGUUUUAAUUUUGGAAGAAGCAUAUGAUAAAAGAUUGUAUCGAAUGAUAGCCACGGAAUUAGAGGGCAGCCUAAAAUACGGAACCAGAGUUAUAGGAAGAACUAAAAAUAACUCAGACUGGAACACACAUAUUGAUACAUCUAGAGUCUUAUUUCAUGUUAUGAAUGGCGGCAUUUGUAUCUUCUCAAAGUUCCCAAUUGAAGAGAAACAUGCAAUGAUAUUUAAAGACAGUGCAGGGACAUGUAGUUUUGUCGGUAAAGGUGCAAUUCUUGCUGUAAUUAAUAAAAAUGGAAAGCUAAUAUCAGUCGUUGGUACCCAUUUUCAGGCUGACGUUAUGUGUUCUAGAACAGGCAUAAGACACAAACAGUUUUUACAAAUCUUGCAAUGGUUAAACGACCUCUUUAAUGGUAAAAUAGCAGGUAAUAAAACGUAUGCAGUUUCUAGGGACCUUCCAAUAAUAAUGGGAGGGGACUUUAAUUCUUGUUCGGUAAAUGAUGCCGAACACUACAACAAAAUGCUAAAUCAAUGCAAAGAUCAUAACAUAGAAUUCAAAACAACAUUUCUAGAUAAUAAACCUGAUCCCACCUAUGAUACCCUAAACGAUUUUUGCCGAUUACAGGUUAAUAGUGACUACAAACAUAUCUUUGACUAUAUAUUUGUUACCCCAAAUGUAAAGGUUAUGGAGGCACAAAAGAGUAUUAGAGACAAAUUAAAUACCCCUCUUACUCUAAAGAAACGUGUACUAUCCUGUUUCUGUCAUGAAGAAUGUGAAAUAUAUAAUGCCAGUGACCACUAUCCAGUUUUUUCAGUUCUGAGUUUAUAA